AUGCAAGAUAUUGCACGGCUCAUUAAUAGAGGACCUUGCCCAUUGAGGCAUGCGUCAAUUCAAUUUCUGCAAAAGCAUAAUGAUACUCAAAACAGAAGCUUUUUUCUGGGCAAAAUCAGACUUUCCCGAAGUUUUAUGAACCAAUUCAAAAAUGUGUAUAACCUCCCACCAGCCCCGAUACAAAUUACGCCUACCAUAUCUCAGACGCAAUUUCAAGCAGAAACUAUUCAUGCAGUUGGCUAUCUAGUAAAAGUAGACUCUCUCAGCAAAGAGUUGGUUUUUGCGCGAAUGGUUGGAACAUCAAGUAUAGGAGAGACUCUUCAAUUGAUAACGCGAAAUCCACAGAUCUGCCAGCAACUACGAGAUGCAGUGAUAAAUAGCCCUAUAAGCAUAGCUGGAAAAUUUCGGCUCAAGAAGUCAAACGUUGUGAAGGAACAGCCUCAAUCUAUAAAACCUUCGAGUCAUGACGGAGAAGAUUUAUCAAUUAAAUCUCUAGAGAUUGAUCUUCUUGAGUUUACAUGUUUAAAUUCUUUUCCGCAUCAUAUACGAGUCGCCAAGGACCAAGUAUUUUUACCUGAACAUAGACAUAUGCAAAUUAGGUAUGACUUUGGGCUACGGGAAACGCUAGCUUUUCGUUCUGAUGUUGCAAAAGCUGUUCGAGAAUAUCUGCAUGAUUUCCAAGAGGUUGAGACACCUAUUCUCUUCAAGUCUACUCCCGAAGGCGCCAAGGAAUUCCUAGUACCUUCACGAAAGUAUGGUCAUGCAUAUGCGCUUCCACAGAGCCCACAGCAGUACAAACAAAUUCUCAUGGCAAGCGGAAUCGAAAGAUAUCUACAGUUUGCGAGAUGCUUCAGGGACGAAGAUCUCCGGGCUGACAGACAGCCUGAGUUCACUCAGAUCGAUAUCGAGCUUGCAUUCGCUGGAGGAAAUAAGGUAAUGGGACUGGUUGAAGGUCUCAUCAAAUAUAUUUAUCAUAAAUUCUCAGACCGUGUCCCUGCAAUACGUAUCGAAAAAAAAAAUCCUUAUCAACAAGAAGAUUUUCCGGUAAUGACUUAUGAUCAUGCUAUGUCACAUCAUGGUACUGACAAACCGGACACUCGAAUAACCGGUUUGAUUACUCAAAUAAAUGAGGCAACUAGUAAUGAACUGUGUAAGAUGCUCACAACGAUAGCCGAUCCUAUUAUUGAAUGCUGUAAACUAAGACUAAAUGCCUCACCACUCGAACUAAAGAGGUUCAUUAAAAAUUUCAUGACAUCUCCUGACGCUGAGACUUUCACAUCAAACCCAGAUGGUGCUCCAGGGUUUGCAUGCUAUGAUACUUCAAAGCCACUAUCGGGUCUACAGAUUUUUGGAUUUGAAGGAGUAGCUGCACUUAGGAAAAUAUAUGAACAGAAAAUGAGGGUUCAGUACCAAGAUGAUCAUAUUUAUGCUUUGGAAAAAGAAUUUGCAGAAGGUGAUCUCUUUAUCCUACAAGCUCGACCUAAUCUACCAAAUUCGGGCGGCUCCACCAGUCUUGGCUUGCUUAGAAGAGCCUUAUAUAAAGCUGCGGUGGAGUGCGGGCUCGUUGAGCCUGACAAGCGUCAUCAUUAUCUCUGGGUCACAGAAUUUCCCAUGUUCACAUUAGAUAACAUUGAGACUGUUGGACAAGAUGGUAAUUCGGGCCUGCAUGCAACCCAUCACCCUUUCACCGCCCCCAAAACAGAAGAUGAUGUCGAUAUCUUGUCGGUGGAACCCUUAAAAGCAAAAGCGGAUCACUAUGAUCUGGUCGUCAAUGGAAUAGAGCUUGGCGGUGGUAGUCGACGUAUUCAUGUUGCAGAGAUGCAGAAAUAUAUCAUGAGGGAUGUCCUCAAGAUGAGUAGUAAGCGCAUGGAUGACUUUUCACAUCUUCUUGGUGCACUUGCCGCCGGCUGUCCACCGCAUGCGGGUAUAGCUCUUGGUUUCGACCGACUGAUAGCAGUUUUGACAAAUAAGGACUCGAUCAAAGAUGUUAUUGCAUUUCCCAAGAGUUCAAAAGGAGAUGAUUUGAUGGCUAAAAGUCCAUCGAAGAUUUCAGAUGUUGAGUUGGCACGAUAUCAUAUAUUGUUGAAAAGUAUGUAA